AUGGAAAUGGGAAUGGCGACCGGCCGUUCCUUCGUCGCAUCACUUCUGGAGCAGGAUCCCACCGAGCUGACAAGCUGCACAUAUCCUGACACCUCGACUUCGUCCAGAGAAGAGUCCGAAGUACUGAAGAUCUCCUCCUGCAAGUCCAGCAAUCAAGCGGGUGAGCACAGCCUUGUGUAUGCAGCUGCGGCCAACCAUUCACGCCUUUACUGCAAGCCAUCCCCGAUUCUGGAGCAAAUCCACGCGGUGUGCACCCUCAGUCCAGCGAGCGCAUGACAGUCCCAGUCUAGACACACGCGAGCUACAGCCUUAUUGCCGCCACAAAGGCUGAGGCUGUGAUCCUUGGUACAUACUGGAUGUACACAGCCCUCCAGCCAUCAUAUUUCGCUCAACUUCAAACACUCAACCGCGCUGCACUUCUUCGUUUCAUCAGCGUCGCACAAAGACAUCCUGCGUCUUGAAACGAGUGACAAUCUGCAAGCCGCCGUCGACCGGACCGAACGACGUGCGUAUUGCCGCUUUAGCGCGAUGCGCAUGUGAAUAUUUGAUUUGAGUACGAGGCAUCGCAAACGAUGUCGACACCUGACCGCGCCGAGCAGCGCGGACUUCUGAACGAUGCAUCACCAAUACCAGCUGCCGGUCCGACUUCACCAACUGUCACGUCCCCAAGACAUCGCCCGGGAUAUCAGAGGGUGCCGACAGUUUCCUUCAGCGACACUCCGCCGACAGAGGCGACCACAGCCAUGGCGGCGGAGGAAGAGAAGAUUUCUGCGCGACACUCCAAUGACAAUACCAGGCGCAAUCACGGACUAGGCAUUAUCUCAGGAGGCACUCGAGAUCAUCAAGCAGACAUCACACCCGCGACACCACAGCAAAGCGCUUCAGCAAGGAACUCGAGCCGGAUGGACCAGAGUUACACUCCCUAUUCAGCGUCCUCGAGUGCGGCCAUGACUGGUUCUACCAAGUUCGAAGAGUCGUUCGAUAUAUCUUACGACCCUAAGCAUCAUGCUUCGCGAACGUCACUUCAAUCUGGAGCACCAUCAAUCUAUGCGAAAUCAGAUGCUGGCUUGCUGUCGGUCCGCACAGCCUACAACGAGUUUGCGCCGCACAAUCACUGUCCCAGCAAGAAAUCAUACAAGCACGGACGAUUCAGCAACUGGAUAUCGAUGACCAUUUUGACAUUGGCCAUAUUCGCGACUGUUUUCUCGCUCAUCUUCCUGAUAAUCGCCAUAAAAGGACCAAAAUAUGGGCGCAAAAUACGCAAUGGCGGCUCAUUGACGCCCUCAUCGGCUGCGUUCCUCACUUCAUUCUUCGCCAAACUCAUUGAACUCUCCUUUGUCACCGUCGUGGUAGCCUUCAUUGGCCAAGCAUUGGCACGUCGCGCGUUCAAACUUGAACGUGCCCGAGGCAUCACCCUCGCUGAGCUGAACAUGCGAGCAUGGAUUCUGCAACCUGGCACAAUGCUCACACAAUGGGAAAGCGUGAAAUAUGCUGGAAUAUCUUUUCUUGGCAUUGUCUCGUUCCUUGCAGCACUGUUCGCAAUUCUGUACACCUCGGCCGCCACGGCUCUUGUGCAACCUCAAUUAGUGCUUCCGAAAUUUGAGUCCAAAUUGCUACAGGGAAUGGUGAAAUCGUCAUAUGCGAACCCGAAUUACAUCGCGGAAAAUUGCAAGACGCCCAUCAAAUCCGCGUACGAUACGGAGUUUGGCGAUGCGAGCCGCGAUGCUUCCAUGACCACCUGCUUACAGAUCGAGUAUGCGGCCAAUGCCUUCAGCAACUUCCAUACGUACCUUGCCACUUGGCGAGAUCACGCCCUGGGCUACGGAAAUGCAACAGAUGACUUGCGGACAAGGCCUCCGGGAUACGCUCAAUUCAACGGCAAUACCACUGUGGCCGCGCCUUGGAUCGAGCAUAGAAACGUCACUCAGGACGCUUAUAAGGGUUAUAUCAUCAACAAUGUGACCAUGGCCAUGCCACACAUGGGCAUUGUGCAGGCUGCGAUUGACCCGGCGAACGACAUAAUGCAGCCGUCCGAAGUCCAAGGUGCACUGUACAACAUACGGGCCUCUGUACCAUCGCCGAUGGUGAACGUACUCUGCUUGACGAUGGAUGAAACGAUGCUGCAACCUUUCGUGUACACCCUGUGGGAAGGCAGAAACGAGUCUGCUUGUGACGAAGAUACUUGGGAAUCGAACGGGGCAUGGCCAAGAUGUGCGGAUUUCAGUGGAACGAGCCCAGACCUCACGAACCGGACAGGUUGGGAUGAGAAGCUUCAGGAUAUUUUUCAUUGGGGUCCCGAAUGGGGACCAAAUAACUUCCCGCCGGUGUUCCCGCGGCUACCAAGUGACUACAACACGCUAUUGAACGACACGAUAGGGCUGAGCGCCACCUGGGGAGCGACGUCCAUCUAUCUUCUCCUCAAAGGAGGCCCAAAGGACGCGAAUGGGAAUCCCACUGAGAUACCUGGCGGACCCAACGGCACAACGACGCAGGGCAAGAACUAUGCACUCUGUCAGCUGAAAGCGGGUCUCACGCCAAAUUGUGUUAGCUCAUACAAUGCAAGUAUCUCUGGAGGUAGUAUGGAAGCUGUCUGCGAAUCCGGCGACUCCCUGGAGUACAUCCGAAGUGAGCCCACUGCUUUGCAAGGCAAUGCCACACUCAGUAAAGACUGGGUCAAUAUUGGUGGUGAAUGGGCACGCAGUCUUUCUCUGAACGCUGGCCUAAACAACGGCAAUGCAUCGAAUGCACGGCUACUCUCACAACUCAUCGUUACAACUGAAACUCUCAGUAAAGCUUUACCGUCCACAGCAGAGGCUCUUGCAGUGUUGGCAGGGAACACUUUACUGCAAGGCUCAAUGGACACACCUUUCACAAUGUUCUGGAACUACACAGACGCGGUCAUAGAUGGGUCCCCACAGUACUUCAAUGCCUCGGUACGCAUCCAGCAGUACGCCAGCGGAGGGUCAGCAGCAUUGCAAAAGCCAUUUUACGUUGUGCUUGUGGCCGUAUUUGUGAUCAACGCAGCUAUACUGGCCUAUUUCCUUUGCCAUCGGGACUGGUACACGGACUUCUCAGAGCCGGUGCAUCUGUUCUCAUUGGCAGUCAAUUCGCCUCCGAGCUACGAGUUGGCUGGCAGUUGUGGGUCUGGUCCAAGUGGAGAGAUGUACAAGACCAGCUGGAAGAUGCACAGAGAUGGCGAGCAUUUCUAUGUGGACAGCCAGAAGCAGACUGGCAGCACCACGAUGGAGGUUGACAGUCCAAGGUUCAGUCGAAGGAGGCUCACGCAGACGUUCGAGAUGGGGUCUCCGAUUGUGGGGAAGCUGAAGGAUAGGUUCUCCAGGCAAUCAUUCACUUGAUAAUGUAAUUCAGAUGCUGUUAGAGAGAUAGGACUUUCGGAGGGCAUUUCUCCCCGAACACGCAGUGCGGCAUUGCCGUUCACGCUCAUCGGCUGAUGCACUUGUUUCCGAAUUUGCUCUCCACGGGCGCUCUGUGGUAGCAGAGCAUUUCCCAGCAAAUAGAUAAGCCGUACUGCGUGCACAUUGGGCUGUGUCGCGUCACAUGGGCGACCCGGGUGCUGCUUUCAAUGCAGACACAUAUCAUCGGAUGUUGCACGUCAGGAUGCUCGUAGACCACGUUCGGCUAA